AUGGACGGCUCUCAGGAACGCCCCAGCGCCAUCCCGCGCCUCUCACGGCUGCCGGUCCCGCGAUCUGCCUCUGCCAUCCCCAAGCCUGCCUCGACCAUCCCGGGACCAUCUGCGGUCCGUCGAGCACCCUCUGGCGAGAAUAUUGGUCGCGGCCCAGGCCUCAGCUGGGACCUGCAGCCGCCAAAGCUCCGUCAUGCCUCGUCGCGCGGCCAGCUACGCCCCGGCUCCAACAAGGCCACGCCAUCGCCAUCGAGCACCGCGCAACCGACGUCGGCCAACAGGCAGCCCCGGGCACAGAAGCCCAAGGCGCCUCGUGCUGUGCCUCAAUCCCAGCGACGCGCCCAUACAAUGGUAGACCACGCCGCCGCUCGACGCGCCAGCUCGUUUGUCGAUGCGCAAUUCGACGCGCCACACCGAGGCUCACAAGAGCUGGGCAGCCACGAUGUCCUGGGCAAUCUACCAGCAGCGGCCUCGGCCUAUGCCACGCCCACGCCCGUCAAGUCGCGGCUGUCCCUUUCCGAGCGCACCAUCGGGACCCUUGCGCAGAUCCCGUCGUCGCCCGCAAUGACCAAACGACCGUCCUCGUUCUUCGAACAAGCUCGACCGGCUUCCGGAGCCGAGAGCGAUAGCAGGCCUGGGUCCAGCGCUGACAAUGACGAACCUGCAGCCUUGAAUCUGCGCGCCCCCUCCGCUCACGUCAAGCCCUCCGCCUCGGCCUCGUGCGCUGCCUCUCGUCGGGCCUCAAUGGCACCUUCGUCCAAGCUUCCGGGCUCGUCUCUGAUGGCCCGCCCUCAUGCCAAAAGUCCCACCGCGGGUAUGAAGUCCUAUGAGCGAUCCCCAGUCAAGUCGGAGGCAAAAACGGUUGCGGAGAAGUCAGGGGCCCCGAGAGCUCCAGUCAAGGGGCUGUUCCGGAAGCCUUCUCUGUCCGUCGUGGGCUCCUCUGCCGAGAAAUCGAGCUCCUCGGGUCGUCUUUCGUCGGAUCCUGACCAGGAGCCUGCCGCAUCUUGGGCGGAACCAGCCCAUUCCCUGUCGAGCCGCAAAUCUUCGGCGGCACUGCGACAACAGAUUGCCAAAGCCAAGGCUGCCAAGCGAGCUGUAAUCCGGCAAGCGUCGAAUGAUUCUGCGACCCUCUCGAAUCCCGCUGCUCCGACUGUUCCAUCAGACCACGGCUUUGAUUUUGAUGGAGGAAUCGAGGACCCGUUUAACUUGCGACGAGGAGAGAAUGCGAGCUCAAAGGUGCUCAAGCAGCGCGUGGCAACGGCAAGGACCUCGGGCCGGCUCAACAUCGCUGCUCUCGGCCUCAAGGAGAUCCCAACCGAGGUUAUGAAGAUGUACGACCUGGAGAGUAUCGGAGCUCACGACGGCAGCUGGGCUGAGAGUGUGGACCUGACCAGACUCGUGGCGGCCGACAACGAGCUCGAAACCUUGGACGACGCUGCCUUCCCGGACGCGAGCCCCGAUGCUGUUGACGGUGACGAGGACAGUCAGAGCAACGUGUUCGGGGGUCUAGAAACGCUCGAUUUGCACGGCAACGUCCUCGUGGGCGUGCCUCUUGGAUUCCGCCGCUUGGCCCACUUGACAUCCCUCAACUUGUCGUCGAAUCGACUCGGGAAUGAUUGCGUCGACGUGAUUUCCCACAUGACGGCUCUCAAGGAUCUCAAGCUCUCCAAGAACCGCCUCUCGGGCCCGUUGAACUCGGCACUCUCCAACUUGGAAUUGUUGGAAAUGCUGGAUGUGCAUGGCAAUAGCAUCACGGCUCUGCCACAGGGCGUUGAGAACUUGUCACCCGUGCACACAGUGUCGCUGUCUAUGAACCGGCUCCAGGAGCUGCCCGACAUGUCAACGUGGACAAGCCUGGUCACGUUGACCGUCGAUGAAAACAGCAUUUCGAGCAUCCCCAACAGUUUCACCAGCCUCGAGAAGCUGCGCCAUGCCGACCUUUCCAGCAACGACAUUCGCGCCGUGCCCCCGGAGAUUGCCAGGAUGGCGGGCUUGUCGAUGCUGCGGCUGACGGGCAAUCCCCUGCGCGACAAAAAAUUCGCCUCGGCCACGACAGAUGAGCUCAAGGAGAUUCUGGCCGGAAGGCUAGAGCCGCCGCCGCCCUACCAGGAGCCCGGCGACAUGCACACAAUGACUGAUCUCAUGGGCUGCCUGGUCGAGAUGGACAGCAAGAUCAAAAUGGGGAGAGCCACCAUGGUGGUUGAAAACAUCGAUGGGGACAGCCGGUCCGAUGCAGACGAUAACUUUGCCACGCCACCGACUUCGGCGCCGCACUCGCCAACGCCGACGACCCAAGUCUGGCCGGUCAAGCCGGGGGGGCUGCUCGACAGGUCGAGGACUGCCUCAUCAGCAUUGAGUGAUGCCAUGUGCUCAGAGGUGGCGGCUCGGCAUCAGGUGCGACAGGUACAGCUCCACCACAACCUUUUUACAUGCAUGCCGAGCUCGCUGGGCAUCUUCAGUGCACUGGCCUCUCUCUCUAUAUCCCACAAUCAACUGACCGGCGACUGCUUCCUGGCGGAGGAACUGACCUUGCCGGCGUUACGGGAGAUUAACCUAGCGUCCAACCUCAUUACUAACCUUGAACCUCUGAUCAGGCUCCUCCACGCCCCAGCGUUGGACAAGAUGGACGUGUCUAUGAACCGGAUCAGAUCGAUCCCGCGGGGGCUGAAGCAGGCUUUCCCGCAGCUUACGGUGCUGCUGGCGUCGAACAAUCAGUUGACGGAGCUGGAGCCGGAGUCGAUCAAGGGACUGAAGACUGUAGAUGUGUCGAGCAACGACAUUGCACAGUUGAACCCUCGCAUUGGCCUGCUGGGCGGACAGGGGGGGUUGCAGAGAUUGGAGGUUACGGGAAACCGGUUCAAGGUGCCGAGGUGGAACAUACUGGAGCGCGGAACCGAGGCGACUCUACGGUGGCUCAGAGGAAGAGUGCCCGCAGACGAGAUGGCGGCAUGGCGGGAGGGGAAUGACGAUGAGAGCGGGGAUGAGGUCGACUGA